AUGAACAAGCACAUUUCAGAGGGAAUCAAAGUGCUCUUCGACACGGCAUUUCAACCGAUGCUCACUGAGAACUGCAUUGAAGAAGCCCUGGCUUCGGUGGAAAAUGAACUAAAGCAUAACGAAUUUGAAGCUGUCCGAGUUAAUGAAAUUUGCGAGUUGGCUAUUCAUGCAGGCUUCAAUCACUCGACUCGUGGUCUUGGAAUCAAGCGAAGCAUGCACGAGAGAAUUCCUGGCUCUAGCCUGAAAAUAGCUAGAGAGAUCGCUGAUUUUCGAAGCCAAAAUUACUUCCGAAAAGACCCCGUCAUUGUGGCCGUGGGAAUGGAAAUGGAAGAGCUUGUCGAAUCAGUCAAGCCGCUUCUUUCUUUGGCCGUAGAUCCGUCUUUUGGGAUUUCUCAAUCAAGUCUUUCAUCCGAACCGGCAGUUUGGACGGGUGGAGCGGCGCACUUGAUUUCUGGUUCAUCUUCGUUCUCGAUUCUCGGCGACGAGAGCAAUUCACAAACUUACUCUUCAAUCGCCUGGGAAGCUCCGAGUAUCAACGACCCAGAUCGCUACACCUGCCACGUAUUACGCGCCAUGCUGGGCGGCCAAAGCUACUUCGAAUCGGGCGGCCCGGGGAAAGGAAUCACCAGUCUCUUGUGCACGCAGAUCUUGGCGAAUCCGAUGGAGCAGAACUUGUGGAACCACUUCAAGGCGAUUUAUAAAGAGUUUGAGGAUGCGGGCAGUUUUAUUAUUUUCGGCCAAGGAGGCGACAAUUGCGAACAACUGGCCGUUAAUAAUGGUAUUCUGAUGCUGGAAAGGAUAUCGAAGGGCUCUUACGAUGGCUGGAUGCGUUCUCCAGGACUGAUGCAGUCGAAAAACCAGCUCCUGAAUUCAUAUUUGCGCGACUUGGAGAUCAAGGCGGAAAUGAUGGAAAUCUUCGCGAAAGACACGGUCGCUCUUGGCGCGCCUCAGAAUCCAAAUCAAAUCGUGAAGCAAAUCGACAAAGUUACCAUCGAGGACGUUAAAAGAAUGGCAAAGAAGCUACUAGAAUCUGACCCGGCUGUGGCCGUUCUCGGGCCAAGUACAGACGUGGAUAGUUUGCUCAUUGCUGCUCGAGAGAGGCAAAAUAGUAAAAUGAAUAUGUCUUGGAAACUGAAAACUGCCGCCAGCUACGUAAAAUCCUACAAAAAUAUGAUAAAGCUAUUCUGA